AUGCAACCGAAAUUCAUCGCCCUCACUGUUGGCUCCUUCUGCGGUGUUUUUGCAACACUUCCCAGAACAUUUGAGCUUCUUGUAUUCCAAAACGGCCAAAGAAUUGGCUGCAUCAACGGGUACGGCAACUUCAUCACGGGCAGCUUGGCUUGCUAUCCAUUCAACACUGUCGGAACCCCUGUCGAGAAGGUCGCCAUCCGUGGCUACGAGCCCUGCAGCGUAAGCAACGGCAGUCUUGUCUGUUAUCAAGCAGUCGGGCCGUCAUCUCUGUACGGUCUCACCGGCGCCGACCUUGAUCUCAUCGGCAACGGUACACUAUUUUCGGCAGAUUCGUUGCCCCAGACAUCUGAUAGGGUCGGCGUUCCUGUAGAUGUCGGUGAUGAUGGAAUCGGUGCCAUGUCUCUUCAGGUUAGAGGUCUCAGUGGAUGA